AUGAAAGGUCCCCCGUGGCCGUUAGGUUUCGUUUCGUUUCUUCUCUUUGCCAUUCCGAUUCUUGGUGUCUCUGUGCCAAGACGAACAUCGAACAAUCGAAAAUCUACAAUACAAAUGAUCGGAUAUUCUCCCACAAAAACGGAUGAUUAUGUGGCUGUGCAAAUGCAAGCUGAGGCUGGCUACAUUGUCGGUUUCGAGCCGAUCGCGCACGCUGACAGGGUGCAUCACAUGCUGUUGUACGGAUGUGAGGUGGCCUACUCGCAGGAACAAUUCUGGACCGGAAUGGCAACUUGCGGCAGUGGGCCAUCACAUAUUCUCUAUGCUUGGGCAAGGAAUGCUCCGAAUCUCAACUUGCCACCCGGUGUCGCCUUCAAUAUCGGCCAUGAAGACAGCUCGAUUAAAGUGCUCGUGCUACAGAUCCACUACGCUCAACCGUUUGUCGGCAAUGUGAUGGACUAUUCGGGAGUGACUCUUCACAUGAAUGAUGAACAACCGAUAUUCCUGGCAGCUGUGAUGUUGUUUGUGGCUGGAUACCCAAUCCCGCCGAAAAUGCAACAAUUCCAGAGCAAUAUGAGCUGCAAAUACGAUCACGAAACAGACAUGCACCCGUUUGCUUUCAGAACGCACACCCAUGCGAUGGGCCGCGUUGUGUCCGGUUAUUUUAAGCACGGAAACGAGUGGACGAAAAUCGGAAAACGCAAUCCACAAUGGCCACAGCUCUUCGAAAAGAUCGAUCAUCCGUUGAAGAUUCAAAAGGGUGAUAUGCUGGCAGCAACUUGUCGUUUCGACUCGAGUAACAUGACAGAAACAACGCCAAUGGGACACAUGGGAACGAACGAGAUGUGUAAUUUCUAUAUGAUGUUUUACUGGGAGGCGACGAAACCCGAUCCGUUCCCAUAUGGAGCUGUUUGUGGUGGAAAUGAACAACCUGAACUCUUCGGUACAGAAUACCCGAAAGAAGGCUUCGAGUUGUUGCCACCGCGGCCAGAGUUGGAGCACACGGCUUUGCAAAGCGGGAGACCUUUCGGCAUCAUUGAAGAAGCAAAAAUUCAAAAAAUCGGUGACAUCACUCUAGGACAAAUCUCUGGAUUAGCAUUCGAUCAACAGAAAAAUCUUUUCAUUUUCCAUAGAGGCUCGAGGGUUUGGGAUGGAAGUACAUUUGAUGCCUCAAAUCAUUUACAAGACAAGAAACCAAUUGCCGAGCCGACAUUAUUGAUGACAAGAUUCGAUGGGAACACUCCGGUGCUCGUUGAGGCACUUGGAGGAAAUCAAUUCUACCUUCCUCAUGGUGUCUUUGUCGAUGUUGAUGGCUACAUAUAUACAACGGAUGUUGGAGCGCAUACGGUCACAAAAUGGAAGAAAAACGGAAAAAAACUCGAUCUUGUUUGGCGUUUUGGAGAGGAAUUUGUACCGGGCAGCGAUCAUGGACAUCUUUGUAAACCGACUGGAGUGACGAAGAAUGGAGAUCGCAUCUUCAUCUCUGAUGGUUACUGCAACGCGCGAGUGGUCGAGCUGACAGCUGACGGGAAAUACAAGGCUCAAUUCGGCGCUCCGGGUACAGGCGAAGGGCAAUUCCAGCUACCGCACGAUCUUGUCCUUUCACCGAAGAAAACCCUUCUUGUCGCUGAUCGACAAAACGGAAGAGUACAGGAACUCAACAUGGAAGGCCUUGUUCAAUCAGUCGUCUCCUCAUCACUUUUCACGAAUAUCUACUCGAGUGACUCGUUUGAAGACACGAUUUUCAUGGUUCCCGGCGAGAAUUCGUACAAUCGCUUCACGCAAGACGAGAUUCCGAUCAGUGUUUACGGCUCUCGACUUGGCACCGGAUUGCUCGAGUUCGCUUUUUCGCCCACUUCCGAGCGUUUCGGUCGGCCGCACGUCUUGAGAGUCUCCCCCGACGGGAAUCACAUCUUCAUCGGUGACAUCAGCGAGAAAGGCGCCACUUUGUGGAAGUUUCGGAUUCAACACGAUUCUUCAACAGAAAGUCAUACAUUGUCUGGAGCAACCUACUACGAGAAAGCGUCGGCAGCAUAUGGGGCGAUCAAGAAUAAAGCCUCAACAGCUCCACUCACAUUGACGUUUUUCUUGCUUCUCGGAGUAGUUGCUGGUGGGAUUUACGUGUGGAUGAAGAAAGGUCGACGGAGAGCAAAUCCGCAAAAUGCGUUUGAUCGAAAGGGCUUCAAACGUCUCAACCAAGAGGACACGGUGGCUUUCUUCACAAGCGAUAGUGAAAGUGAU